AUGUCCUCUGUACCACCACCUCCGAAAGCAUCCUCUACCACUCCCCAGCCACAAAGCGACGUUGAACUCACACCCGUGCAGAAUGGCACGCCAGCACCGAGUCUUCCUCUUGAGGAGGAUAUCAUGCAAUGCGCUCGUUUGGGUGCAAUUGAACAUAUCCAGAAGUUGAUCGAAUCAAAAAAGGUCGACCCCAAAUAUGCCGACGAUGAAGGCAUUACCCCAUUACAUUGGGCUGCCAUCAACAACCAGUAUGCCGCCUGCAAGUACUUGAUUGAGCAAGGUGCGAAUGUGAACCAAAAAGGAGGCGAUUCUGGUGCUACACCUGCUAUGUGGGCUGCGCAGAGGUGCCACUUCUACAUUGUUCAUCUAUUGUUGGAGAACGGCGCAGAUCCUCUGGCCCAGGAUGUACAAGGUUAUAAUAUACUACAUUUGGCGACCAUCGACGGCAAUGCUCUACUACUGGUCCUCCUGCUACACCAAAAUAUCCCUGUCGAUGCGCCAGACCCCCAAGGACAUACCAGCUUGAUGUGGGCAGGGUACAAAGGCUGGCCGGCCCUGACCGAUAUCUUACUAAGAUGGGGUGCUAGCGUAAAUGCCACAGACGACAACGGCUUCACACCUUUACAUUGGGCGCUCGUCAAAGGUUCGAAGCCGUGUAUUGAACGACUAAUCGAGUAUGGAGCAGAUCGACAGGCCAAAACGAACGACGGCAAAACACCCGCAGCAGUUGCAUCAGAAAUGAACUCACAAAGGCAGUUUCACCGCGCAUUGGCUGAUCAAGGUUAUGGUCCGGACGGCAACGCACGAGUACUUCCACUUGGGCUCGGACCGAUUCUUCGAGAUCGGUCGAAGAUGUCCAAGUUUUUCUUCUUAUACCCCUUCUUAAUCGUCUUUGUUGGCCUGUACAUUAUCAGCCAUUACACAAUUUACAUCGCAGUGCCUUUGGCAUUUGCGGCCGUGUUUGCCAUGCAAUGGGGAGCCCAGUUCCUUGGUAACAGAGGACUUCCCGAAUAUCGGCAAAUCCACAAAACACCCUAUCUUGCCGGCGUAUUCUCUGGUACGCUCUUCUGGGUUGGAAUCAGCUACUUUACUGCUAUUCUUCCUGCGACAUUCGGCAGCAACCCUUUCUCGAACCUACUUUUCGUCGUUUUCUACGGAUUGACGGCUUACUUCUACACCAUCGCCGCAACCGAAGAUCCCGGCUGGGUUCCGAAGCUGUCAUCACGCAACCAACAACGUGCUGUCAUCACAGAGCUCUUCUCGCUGUGGAAGUUUGACGAAGACAAUUUCUGUCUGCAAUGCAUGAUCCGCAAACCCUUGCGCUCCAAACAUUGCCGUCGAUGCGGCCGCUGCGUUGCUAAACAAGAUCACCAUUGCCCUUGGAUCAACAAUUGCGUUGCCAACAACAACCACCGCCACUUCUUCACGUAUAUCAUCUCCAUGGCUCUCGGCAUUGCAAUUUUCACGAACCUUGUGGUUGUUUACAUUUUCUCGUUGCCCGCUCCACCAGAAGAAGCCUCUGAUGCCUGUCAUAUCCUCUCGCCCGCCGUUUGCCAGUUCACUCUCCGCGAUCCCUACACGGUCGCUUUAUCUCUUUGGGCGCUCUUACAGCUUGUCUGGAUCGCGAUGCUGGUCGUCGUGCAAUCAAUACAGAUAUCCAAGAACAUGACCACGUACGAGAACAUGAAGCGCCACUCGCACAGCGAGGCGAAUCCCCACCUUCCUCUUCAUCGGCCACGCCAUCCGAUCACUCAAGGCCACUCACACUUGACCGACGGUCUCAACGACACCGCCGCGUCGUCUACGCGCCUGCAACCCGCACCUCGACACGAAGGCUGCUGGACUAAAUGGAAGCGCACCAUCGGGCUGGAUGUCUUCCUCGCGACGGCGAGCGAUGCCAGUCACGGCAAGAUGAAGAGCCUGGAUCGCGGUAACCCGUUCUCCCGUGGUCUGAUCGGCAAUUGCAAGGACUUCUGGUGCGAUCCGGCCCCGGUGUUUGGGCGGCGGGUCAAUGGCGAGGGCUAUCUGGGGGGCGAGGUGGUGGACUACAGCAGGCUGUAUGAUGUGCCGAUGCGGUUGCGCAAUCGCGGAGGGAUGAUGUACGCCAGCGUCGCAACGGCGGAUAAUGAGGUGUAA